GUCAAGCUCCGCAGCCGCUAACAAAGUUCGGAUUCGGGCCCUUUUAAGCUGAUACCCGAUAGAUUUUAGUAGAUUCUUCAAGGUGCGGGGAAUAUUCCGAUGAAGCUGGAGAUCGGAAAACAGCGGACGUCGCCGGAAAUAGAGGAGGAGGAGGAGGAUGACGACAAUGAAGUCAUCGUCAAGCCCUAUUACUCCUCUCCGGAAAUCGCCGGACCGGCGAGGGAAGGCGGCGAGGAUCUCUUCCUUCCGCCGCUCAACUUCGCCAUGGUUGACAACGGCGUCUUCCGCUCGGGUUUCCCGGACGUGGCCAAUUUCAGCUUCCUGCAGACGCUCAAGCUCCGCAGCGUUCUAUGCUUGUGUCCUGAGCCGUAUCCGGAGGCGAAUUGGGAGUUCUUGAGGUCCAAUGGAAUCAGAUUGUUCCAGUUUGGGAUCGAAGGAGCCAAGGAACCUUUUGUUAACAUUCCUGAUGACACAAUUCGCGAAGCUCUCAAAGUUGUUCUCGAUGCGCGCAAUCUCCCAUUGCUGAUUCAUUGCAAAAGAGGGAAGCACCGCACAGGGCGCUUGGUGGGAUGUCUAAGAAAGCUGCAGAGAUGGUGCCUUACAUCAGUCUUUGACGAGUAUCAACGUUUUGCUGCGGCUAAAACAAGGGUUUCUGAUCAAAGAUUUAUGGAGCUUUUUGAUAUCUCCGGCUUGAAACAUCUCCCAAUGUCUUUCUCAUGCUCAACAUUUUCUUAGACCCCUCUCCCCCACACAAUCAACACUUCUCAUCUUCUUCCAUACACAUUACUAAUAUUCGUCAAAUAAAUAGCCUUCAAAUAAUCUUUUUUCUUUAUUU